CAAAACUAAUUUCUCUACCACAUUGUUGCCCUGUUUGAUUUACAUCACAAUCAAACCAAUUUAUUAGUCUCACGAAAAUCUCUCUCAAUCUCAACCUUAUACUUUCUUAUCCUUUCUCACAAUCGAAGUUACUUUGCAGUGCCUGAUCUAAAAAAAUGGAAGAUGAGGUGGUGGUGGUGAAGUUUGGGAUACGAGGCUGCGAAGAGGCUCCGCGUCGUUGGGAUGACGGAGCUCAUUCCACCAUCAGACAGAUCGUGAUUACUCAUGACAAAUGUAUCUACUCAGUCAAUAUCGAGUAUGACAAUAAUGGUGAAUCAAUUUGGAAGCCCAAGCAUGGUGGAAACAAGGGUUCCACUUCUGAGGUUGUUUUAAAUUAUCCAAACGAGUACCUGAUUUCAAUCCAUGGCUACUACAGUGACAUAGGACACAUGAUGGAGAAGAGAGUUCUAACUCCAACCACAGUGAUUCGAUCGCUAACUCUGGAAAGUAAUAUAAAAACUUACGGACCAUUUGGGAUGGACGAAGGAACCAAAUAUUCGUUCCCAAUCAUGGAGGCGAAGAUCGUUGGAUUCCAUGGGAGUUCUGGUUGGUUUCUUGAUGCAAUUGGAAUCUAUGUACAACCAAUUUCCUCUUCCCAGUCGGUGCAACCUGCUCAACAUAAAUUUGAAAUGACUGAAGUUGAAAUUAAUGAGCCUUUUAGUUUAGGAGAAUAUGGUGGGGAAGAUGGGGAACCAUGGAGUGAGAGUUUUCAAGCAAUCAAACAGUUGUUGAUUCAUAAUGAUGAACAUCGGAUUGUUUCUAUCCAAAUGGAAUACGUGGAUGAGAAUGGGCAUUUUGUUUGGUCUCACAAACAUGGUGGAGACGAAGGUUCUCCAUCCCAGGUUGUUUUUGAAUUUCCAAAUGAGUAUCUAGUUUCGAUUCAUGGCUACUACAAAUCUGAACUGGGUACCAUUGUGAUCCGAUCCUUGACUUUUGAAACCAGUAAAACUAGUUAUGGGCCAUUUGGGAAUGAAGAUGGAACCAAUUUUUCAUUCCCAACUGCUGGGUUGAAGAUUGUUGGCAUCCAUGGAAGAUCCAACACUUCGCAUCUCAAUGCCAUUGGACUCCUUGUGGCAUUGAUUCAACAUUAUUAGGACCUAUGCAUGUGUUGCUAAAUCAAUUGUCCCUGUUCUUAAUUUUUUACUCACUUCAAAUUCAAAUUGUGGCUAUGUUUUGUUUUAUGGCAGUGGAAAACACUUAUCAAAACACUUAUUCUUUUAUUGUAAAAGACAUAUGACUACAUUCGAUAGUUUUAACUUCUUUGUCUAA